GAACAAAAUGGCUUCCUUGACUGACGAGAUUCAAUACAUAAAAUUGUAUACUUUGAGGCCAUUGAUCCUUCAUUUUUAUCUACUGCCGUUCAUUCCCUUGUACGUAGUUUGGCUGUACGGAUGGGUAGUGUUGUAUGGCGUCAAGGAAUACUUCGAAGCAGGUCUCAUUGUCUUGGCGAUCAUUGGAUGUCUUCAAAUUUUAUCCGGUCUUUUUUGUCACUGGUCAGUUCAUGUCCGAUCUUUCUUUACGUGUUCGUCGGUAAAUAAUCCAUCAAAAGCCACAAUUAUUAAAGUAGUUCCCACACCAAAUAAUGGAUCAGCAGAGUUGCUAAACCUUCAUCAUGACAAAGAGAAAGACACAGGACAAGAYGUCAUUUGGUUCAGGUUUCAAAAGGCUAAAUACAUUUAUGACAGCGAAGAAAAGAAAACAUUUUGUCCAGUUGACUUUCCUAUUAAUGAAACAUUUGAAUAUUAUCAAAAUUGGAAAGGCUAUCAAGAAGAAGAGAUCUURAUUAAAACACGUAGCAAAUAUGGCAAGAACCAAUUGGAUAUGGAUGUGCCUAGCUUUAUGGAGCUGUUUAAGGAGCGGGCUACUGCACCAUUUUUUGUUUUCCAAGUAUUUUGUGUUGGUUUAUGGUGUUUGGAUGAGUACUGGUAUUACAGUUUAUUUACCCUUUUCAUGCUUGUUGCAUUUGAAGCUACUUUAGUUCAACAGCAAAUGAAAAACAUGAAAGAAAUCAGAAAUAUGGGCACAAAACCUUACCUCAUUCAAGUUUACAGAAAUAGGAAAUGGAGGCCAAUACUCAGCAAUGAACUUCUUCCUGGUGACAUUGUGUCUAUUGGUCGACCCAAAAAUGCUGACACUCUUAUACCAUGUGAUCUUCUUCUACUGCGAGGCUCUUGCAUCGUUGAUGAGGCGAUGUUGACAGGAGAGUCAGUCCCACAAAUGAAGGAAUCUAUUGAGGAUAUGCCAACAGAGGACGUCUUUGAUUUAGAUGUACAUAGUAAAUUACAUUUGUUGUCUGGAGGGACUAAAGUUGUACAGCAUUCACCACCUUUGAAAACAGCUACAGGAAUCAAAGCCCCUGACAAUGGCUCYAUUGGAUAUGUUCUAAGGACUGGUUUCAAUACAUCUCAGGGCAAACUACUGAAGACWAUUUUGUUUGGUGUAAAGAGAGUGACUGCUAACAACCUUGAGACCUUUUUGUUCAUUGUAUUUCUUCUUAUUUUUGCUGUUACUGCUGCAUCAUAUGUCUGGAUCAAAGGUACUGAGGAUCCAAAUCGUAAUCGUUAUAAACUCUUCCUGGAAUGUACUCUUAUUCUUACAUCUGUGGUUCCACCUGAGCUACCAAUAGAGCUGUCACUUGCAGUWAAUUCAUCUCUCAUUGCUUUACAAAAACUGGCUGUGUACUGUACAGAGCCAUUCAGGAUCCCUUUUGCUGGUAAAAUUGACAUCUGCUGCUUUGAUAAAACGGGAACAUUGACAAGUGAUAACUUGGUUGUACAAGGAGUUGCUGGUCUUAAGAAAGAUGACGAGAUAAGCACUAUUGAUGAAAUACCAGAAGACACACUGCAUGUUCUUGCUUCUUGUCACUCACUAGUAUGUCUAGAAGACUCUUUAGUAGGSGAUCCUCUGGAGAAAGCUGUGCUGCAUGCUGUUGAUUGGAGGCUUACAAAAGGUGACCUUGUCAUUCCUAACAAAGGACGAAGAAUCACUAUGCGAAUCAACCACAGGUUUCACUUCUCAAGUGCCUUAAAGAGAAUGUCUACAGUGGUGUCAGUACAAACACAGGGUUCUACAACUAGCAACUAUUUUGCUGCUGUCAAAGGUGCUCCUGAAACUCUGAGGAAAAUGUACAAUAAAGUUCCAGAAAAUUAUGAUUUUGUCUACAACAAGAUGACAUGUCAAGGUGCAAGAGUUUUGGCUCUUGGAUUCAAGAAACUUGGAGAACUCUCAGCAAAAGAGGUCCGUGAUUUAACCCGUGAAGAAGUUGAAAGUGAACUUGAGUUUGUAGGAUUUGUAAUUAUUGCUUGUCCACUGAAGAGUGACUCCAAGAAUGUUAUCAAACAAGUCCUAGAAUCAUCACACCAUGUAACAAUGAUCACUGGUGACAAUCCAUUAACUGCCUGCCAUGUUGCCAAAGAAUUGCGCAUUACCAGGAAAGAAACACUUGUUUUAACACACUCGUCCUCAAGUACUAAUCAUAGCGUKGAGGACGAAUGGCAUUGGGAGCCYGUUGAUGGCUCUUUCAAGCUUCCCCUUAUCCCACAAUCUGGCCCACGCAACUUUACAUCAAARCAUGACUUGUGUCUAACUGGAGAGGCGUUUUCCUACCUUUAUUCUCAUUCACACACAUUAAAAUUCCUUGAAUCAAUACUCCCUUGUGUAAGAGUAUUUGCCAGAGUUUCUCCAAAACAAAAGGAACUUGUUGUAACCAAACUUAAAGAUAUGGGCUAUGUGACCCUCAUGUGUGGUGAUGGUACUAAUGAUGUUGGAGCUCUAAAACAUGCACACUGUGGAGURGCRCUACUUUCUGGUGCACCAGAGCACAUGAAUGAGAAAAAAAGCAAGMAUAAGGAUAAAGAAGAGAGUACAAAACAUACAGGAUCUGAUUCGCAUGGAGACAAGGAAAAGAGUAAUGACAUUACCAUAGUAUCAAGAAGUAGAGUAAAUGCAUCACAAGCCAGAGGAACAUCACGUGCUGCUAAAAUGAGAGCUGUGGCUAGAGGAGAGGACACAGCWGGCAAACCAGAUCCCCAGAAAAAGCUACAAGAAAUGUUGAAAGAAAUAGAUGAGAUGGAUGGCAAUCAGAUUGUACAGCUUGGUGAUGCAUGUAUUGCUUCACCAUUUACCUCCAAGUUAUCCUCCAUYAACUGUGUCUGUCAUAUUAUAAAACAAGGCCGAUGCACUUUAGUUACCACUCUACAAAUGUUUAAAAUUCUGGCUUUAAAUGCUUUAAUUCUGGCCUACAGUCAAAGUGUUUUGUAUUUGGAUGGAAUCAAGUUCAGUGAUGGUCAAGCUACAUUGCAAGGUGUUCUUCUUGCUGGUUGUUUUCUAUUUAUUUCAAGAUCAAAGCCUUUAAAGGUGCUSUCCAAACAACGUCCACUGCCAAAUAUUUUCAACAUCUACACCAUUGUGACCGUGUUGUUGCAGUUUGCCGUCCAUUUCAUGGCACUGUUUGUUAUGGUACAAGAAGCUAARAGACUCACGCCAUCAAGUGCUGCUCAYUUUGUCAACUUGGAGUCAAAGUUUGAACCAACAAUUCUCAACAGUACUGUAUAUAUAAUAUCCAUUGCACUGCAACUUCUCACAUUUGCUAUUAACUACAAGGGUCAUCCAUUCAUGGAAAGUCUWGUAGAAAACAAGCCGUUAAUAUAUAGUUUAUUGGCAUCUGGAGGAUUUGUAGUAUUGCUAAUUAUGGGUCAAAUACCCGAAGURGCACAACAAUUUGAAAUUGUUCCAUUUCCUCAAAAGUUCCGUGAAAAGUUCAUAUAUGUUCUGGCUGCGGACAUUGUAGCAGUUUAUCUACUAGAUCGAAUACUUGAAUUUCUAUUUGGAUCUUCAAAGCUCAAGAAACCUUAGGAAUAUAAUUUUUAAUAAUAAUAACAACACAUAUUUAAGGAAAUGCUAUAAAGUAUAAAUAAUAAACAUUGCACUGGAAUUCCUUUGA